AUGACUAUGAAAAAGAAAAGGCAGACGGCUGAAACAGAGGAGACUCUGUCCGCAGCCAUUGACGACAGAGUAUCGCAACUACCAAUACCCAUACGUCACCACAUCCUCUGUUUCCUCUCUCAGAAAGAAGCUGUGAAAACUUGUCUACUCUCCAAACAAUGGCGCCACAUAGGAUCAACCCGCCCCAACCUUGAAUUCUCCGAAGAAUGGUUCGACGACACACAAGAAAAGUUUGUCUCUGUCAACCGCUCCAUAGGAUCUACACGCCCCAACCUCAACGCUUCGGAAAAAAAUUUCAACACUACACACCAAACCUUUGUCUCUGUAGUCAACCGAAUCCUACAUGGAUACCUUGAUCAAAACCUCUUCAUAGACAAACUCUAUCUCUGCUUAUCCAGGCCAGUCUCACGACCGGUCAUCUCCCUUCUCGACAAAUGGAUCCCGAUAAUAGCCGCCCUCAACAUAAAAGCUUUCAAACUCAACUUUCUUUCAUUUCCUCCGCCGUAUUACAACCUGCCCUCGGCAGUCUUCUUAGCCGAGUCCCUCGAAGAACUACACCUGUGCAAAUGCAAGCUGAGCCCGGUUGAGAGCGUGCGGUUCAAAUGUCUGCGCACACUCACCCUCGAUUGUGUCCAAGUUGAUGGCGGAACUUUGGAGACGAAAGCGUUGGGAUGCCCUAUGCUCAGGCGCCUUGACCUUAGUAGUUGUUGGGAGUUGAGAAACGUUAGGCUGAGCGAGGCACCUGGGCUCAAGCACUUUGCAUUGACUGAUUUCAAGAUUAUUGAAGGGCGUAGCAUCGAAAUCGAUGUUCCGAAUCUCGAGACAGUCUCCAUCGGGGGCCCAUGGAUUUGGUCUGACCGCCAAAGCACAUUCAUGUUCUCUCGUCUCACGAGUUUGUAUCUCUGGAAUGUGAUCCUGUCGAGCGAGUCGAUCGACAUGUUAUCGUUCCGCUGCCCGACUCUUGAAAACUUGAGCCUAACUGAUUGCUCCGGUUUCGAGGAAUUCCAUCUUGCAAGUGAUUCGGUCAUGUACUUGAACAUCUCGACAAUAUAUAUACCACUUAAAGGAGUUACGAUUUGUGCCCCCAACAUUGUCAGAUUUAAUUUCACUGCCGGUAUUCCCCAGGUGCCGGACACAUUCUCUUUCACGACCACUACAUCCAAGCAGUGGUAUUCAGGAAUAUUUCUCUACUCGUAUGAGGAAGAUCCCGAUUUCGACGUCAAUUGGUGGUUCCUUGAGCUGAGACGAAUGCUCAAGGCACUAAGUGGAUCUCAGAUUUCUCUGAUUUUGCAUAUGGAUGGCGGCCCUCUGGACAUGCCAUGGGGUGCUGUUGACAGCAGUCGUCUUUUCAGUGACGAACCGCCUGUGGUGAUGGAGAACUUGAAAUUUAGCACUUCUAAAUGUCGGACGGCAUCUUGGCACUCGGGCUUUACGAAUGCUUUGUUUCGUGUUUGUCGACCGAGGAGUAUAUGGAGUUGUACGCAGCUGAGCCAGUCGGAUUGGAACACCCACAGGCUCUCAGAGUUUCAGUUCAACAUCUUGCUUGCAAACAUGAGCCUGGGGACCGAGCCCUACUUUUGGCGGCACGAUUUGGAGCAAGUGCACGUGACCACUUUAUAUGGGCAGCUCAUUCAGUGGACGGACCUUUCAGAAUUGCGAAAUAGGACGUAUGACAGGACAAUAUGUCUCAAGUUGAAAUGGAGAGGUCAGACGACGGCAUAA